AAUCUUCUUUCUCCGAGAUCUUCCGCCGCGCCACCAAGUCUGUCGAUGGAAGAGCCGACGAGGAUGCUAGGAGAACCCGUGAGUGAAACCGAAAACAAUGCCACCCUUGCCGUCUCGUUGCCUGGGAAAGCUGUCUGCGAGGACGCUGUCGAGGAUGUGCAGUUGGUGACGUGCCAAGUGUGCUUCGACACAGUCCUGUCGCAGGACGCCAUGACUCGAAUCUGCCGAGAAACGUGCCAUGGAAUCAUGUGCGGCGCAUGCAUGUCGUCGUAUCUUAACGUGUGCACAGAGUCCGCCCCCCACGGUGUCUUAUCGCGUCUGAAAUGCCCCAUUUGCGUCCGACCGCUCAACAUGCAUCGGUUGAUCACGAGGGCGAGCACGUCCAACGACGCGACGUCCAUCUGUGACCACGCCACCUUGUUCCGUGAACGUGUCGAAGCGUCUUGUGAAAUGCUGUGCCCAGAAUGCCACAGAACGACCAACAUCCUCUACACGCCCCCGUCCCCCGACGGCGCGAUCGACAACAAGAUCGAUAGCAACGACUGGCCCAAGUCGGUCUUGGCAUGCCGCCGCCCGGACCUCGUCCCUGACAUUGUCGCCGCGUGCAUUCGGUAUUGCAACCACGACCUGACCGCCGACGCACUCCUGGCCUACCUGGCACGUGCAUUGGAUGACGAAGACAUCGAGUUUGUGCAAAAUCUCUUGGGCCAUAUGUUCGACCCCGAGCGUCGCGUGGGUCUGUUCUUGGCGACGAUGAAGCGCGAUUCCUUCAAACACACGCCAUGCUGCGACGCCGAAGUGUGCUUUGUGUGCAAACGUGAAGGACACCACCCAGGCCAACCGUGCGCGACAUACUUGCCCGAGAUCGAGGACAUGGCGCAGUGCUCUCAAUGCGACCUCAUGCUCGUCAAGGGCGACGGAUGCAGCUCCAUCACGUGCUUUUGCGGCCACGAGUUUGACUGGGAUGUCGAAGUCGCCCAGUAUCGUUUAAAAGUCUGCACCGUCCAAGCGCUGUCGCCCCGCCAUCGACCGGCGUUUGUCGCCAUCGCAACCUACUUGAGACACCAAGCGUUUCGACGCAAGUACGCAGUGCUCGUGAUUGCCCAGCUGCCCAUGUUUGUCCUGCAUAAGCGAUUGGCCGACCUGGCGCCGGUCCUGUUCUACCCUCCUUGGAGCACGUCGUUCCGCACGGGGCUUCAAGCGUGCAUGGCUCGGCGGCGCGUCAUCCGCCAGACGAUCGCGCACCGCGCCUCCUUCCAGCAACUUGUCGUCCAUCAUGUGGGUGUCCGCGUCCAGCAAAUUCGACUGGAGAGGUUGACGUCGGCCGUGGCCCAACCGCACUCGAUUUGGCGUACGUUGUUCAAAGCUCUCGUCGUUCGCAGUGUGACCCGUCGCCGGUUCCGCAAAGUGUUGCUGGACAUUUCCAUGGUAGUAGAACAGCGUCAGAUGAAGCAGGAGCGCGCCAUAUUUAUGCAGACCCUCGCCGCGGCUGCGAGACUGCGGCGGCACUCACGACUGCAUCAAGCGCCGUGGAUGGCCAAAGUGAAGGCGGCGUUGUCAUCGUGGGCCACAACCCAGCAACACUGUGCCUUGCACAAGCGCCAAUACGGCGCCGCCAUUAUGGCCCAGGUCCCACAAGCAGUCGCUGGUCGCCAGCUGCGUCGUAUUGACUUGGUGAUGCUGGCACAGAAGAAUUCUCCGUCUCCGUGGUGGGGUCAGACGAUGGCCACGGCCGUGCGUCGCGCUAUCGCCAAACGACGUGAAGCGCAGGUGGCGGGAAAGAUGCUGGACGGCGUCGGAGUGGCGCAAGGAGUCUGGCAACAGUGUGUUGGUCCGUCAUCGAAUCAGACCAUGUCGGCUGCAUGAUGUAUAUAUUCUUCCAUGACAUUGCAUUAUUUAACACGACUAUCGUUGUUUGUGGAGUACAUAACGUUACUGUAACUUGCCUCGCAUAUGUUGGUUGAAAGUGGAGGGUAUGCACCAUGGUGAUCCUAAAAACAUGGGAAUAUUAUACUAUU